AUGAUAUCCGCCUCAGCGUCGCCUUCCGCCCGGGCUCUGCGGACCCGCGACGACUCCCCGUCACCUCGUCCCCGACCGUUGGCUCGUAUGCCCUCGAUACAACGGAUCAACAGCGCCUACUCUCAGUCAGUAUCGGUUACGCCAGCCUCUGCCAAUAGUACUUCGUCCGCGUCGGUGUACCCGAGCCCUUACAUCCCUUCACUUCAAUCAUCACCGCUGGUCUACCAAGCCGUCAACCAGUCCUCUCAGCUCGGGAACCCAGCUCCCUUUGAGUUGCCCGAGUCCAUUGUAUCAACAUACCAUGCCUCCCCUCCGCCAAAGGAACAGUCAGUGGGCUCCAAGCCAGUCGGACUCAUGCGGAAACUGUCUCAGAGUGCAAAGGAUGGCGUUUCUUCCACGCGACAAAUCUUGCGAAGAAAGGCGUCUUCCUCUGCACAAAAUCGCCGGGACGAGAGCACAGGCCCCAUCACCAGACGGCGGAGCGACAGCAAGACUGCAGUCACCAAUGCCUCCACCUUGGAAUGCCCUUCCUUUGACACUCUUCCGAUGGAGCUGCAGUCAGGCCUGGGUCUUUAUGACACCAUGAGCAUUUCCAGCGAGCCAGCCACCUUUCUCGAGACCAGCCCAGAAGGCCAGGCUCCUUGUGUCCCGGAGCGCCUCGUCGCGGGCUGUCUCUUGACCAAGAUCACCAAGAACAAGAAGCAAGAAAAGAUGUUCUUCCUCGACGUGGAAGGGUCUCGCGUCUCCUGGAAAGGUGCGGUCACGACCAAAACUUUCCAUAUCGACAACAUCAAGAGCAUCCGUGUCGGUGAGGAAGCGGCUAGCUACCAGCAGGAACUCCGCGGUGAAGCGGUCGACCCUGAUCUCUGCUUCACCAUCAACUAUACCCCUUCGGAUUCCUCAAAGUCCGUCAAAACCUUGCAUCUCGUCGCCCAUAGUCAGGCCGACUUUAAGCUGUGGGUGGACACUUUGGAAAGUUUGUCAAAGCAUCGCGAGGAGUUGAUGACAAGCAUGGUCGGCUUCACCGAGCGUGAAUCGGUCAUGCGUGCUCACUGGGCCAGCGAGAUGGCCAAACGUACGGUUAGACAAGACAACGUCAAACCGGACGGUCUCGAUCUGCCGGCAAUCCAGUCGUUGUGCCGCAAACUUCACAUCCACGCCCCUGAAAAGGAGCUACAGGAGCACUUCAACUCUGCGGACGUCGACAAGUCGGGACUUCUCACAUAUGACCAGUUCAAAGGUUUCCUCCGUCGUCUCCGUGAACGAGUCGACAUCAAGGCUAUCUUCAACCAGCUGAGGGAUCCCCAUUGCCCGGGCUUGACAAGAGCACAAUUUGUCUCGUUCCUUGAAAACGUCCAGGGCGUCAACUUUUCUCAACUAUCAGAACCAACCGUCUGGGAAGAAAAGAUCAACCACCUCGUAGAGAUAUCCUUCCCGGGGGAGCCCAACUUGCGGGGAUCUAAUUUGAUCGACUCAAACGCCUUUGCUUCAUUCAUCAUGUCCAAGGAUUGCCAUGUAUAUGCUCUGCCGGAAGAACCCACACCUCGCUUUGACCGUCCUCUCAACGAGUAUUUCAUCUCUAGCUCUCACAAUACUUACUUGACUGGCUGGCAGGUGGGAGGCACUUCUUCGGCGGAAGCCUACAUCACAGCCCUACGUCACGGGUGUCGCUGCAUAGAGAUUGAUUGCUGGAACGGUCAGGAUGGGAAUCCCCGAGUGACACAUGGCCGGACAAGGACGACCGCGGUUUUAUUUUCCGAUUGCAUUAAUGCCAUUCAGCGCUGUGCCUUUGACGUCUCGCCUUACCCCUUGAUCAUUUCAUUGGAAGUUCAUUGUGACGGAGAGCAACAAGCCAAAAUGGUCCAGAUCAUGAUGGAUGUCUUUGGUGAUCGGCUUCUUCUGCAUCCUCUGCCCGGCUCUACGACCAAGUUGCCUUCUCCCGAGCAGCUCAAGCACAAGAUUUUGAUCAAGGUUAAGUCGACAGAACUCCAUGCCGAUCUUGAAGCUUCUCGGUACGAUGCAUCCGGGAGACGAGAUCGCAGUGCGAGUUCUCCUCAUCGAGGUCUUCCUCACAUGGUCAACGGCAGUGUGCCCAGCUCAACGUCCGUCAGCACCUCUGCUCUCGUCACACCCCCGGACACCAUCUAUUCUCCCACCGAUCGAUCUGUCACAGCCACAAGUGCGAGCAGUGGUGAUGAUGAGAGUGAUGCGCCUGCCAAUUCCAACUCGCCUGCCGAUAGCCAGCGCCGUCCUAUGAAGAUGAGCAAGGUCGGUCCAUAUCUCUCGGCCCUCGGCGUAUAUUUGAAAGGUUAUACCCUACGUGAGGCCCGUGAUCUGGGUUUCCAACAGUACAAUCACAUUUUUUCUCUUAACGAGAACCGAGCCAUUGAGCUCUGUCAUUCACCAGAGGAUAAAGCCAUGUUUGAAGACCAUAAUCUCUCCUACAUGUGCCGAGUAUAUCCCAAGAACUUGCGUUUUCAAUCAUCAAACUUCGACCCCAAUACCUUUUGGAGGCGAGGCGUCCAGAUGGUGGCGUUGAACUGGCAGACUUUUGAUGCCCACAUGCAGAUGAACCAAGCCAUGUUUGCCGCCGGCACGGACGCCUACGGCUAUGUUUUGAAGCCUGAUUAUCUUCGCAAACCCCGGACCAAGCCUGGGGAUUUCGAGCAUAGAGUCAAACUGCCUCGAUACAAGACCAAGUUCUCGGUCCAAGUCAUCUCCGCCCAACAGCUUCCUCGGGCCGCCAACAUGUCCAAAGACACUCCGCUGAAUCCGUUCAUCGAGGUUCAAAUGUUCAGUGCCGAGGACAGAGCUCGCGGCAUAGCAAACGGCACCGGUGGCAAAGAGACUUACUCAAAUGGUUAUCACGGCAUCGGAUCUCCAUACCGGCGACAGACAUCCAUUCGCUUUGGUAAUGGCUACAACCCUCAGUUUGGUGAGACAAUCGAGCUUUCAUUGGAGACAAAGUAUCCCGAGCUCGUAUUUGUCCGGUUCAUCGUCUUCAACUCCGAUGAUGGUAGACCCAACGGCAAAGGAGUUCGACAACUCGCCGCGUUUACCGCCAAACUCGACAGCUUGCAGAGAGGCUACAGACAUUUACCUCUUUACAAUGGCUAUGGCGAGGAGUUCAUCUUUUCCACUCUUUUCUGCAAAAUCGUCAAACAAGAACCCAAACUCAUGCCCUGGUCUCUACAAGAUAUCAAUGACAGACCCUCCAGAGCCAACAUGUUCCGAGGGAUUCUCUCUCGCGGGCUAUCCGGUGAUCGAAGCCGAGAGCGUGGUUCCAGUGUCGAAGAGCAACGCACAGCUCGGCAGGCAAGGCUCAACAUGGAGAUUGAAGAGCGGGUCGCCAGACGAUAA